AUGAAAUCGAAAUUUUUUACCUUAUUAUUUGGACUCUUUAUCAUCCCGAGUGUGAUCGGUUGGGCAGAUCAAGGUCAUCAAAUAACCGGUUACAUCGCCCAGAAACUUCUCAACCCCGAAGUGGCUAAUCGUGUCGCGAAAAUUAUCCAGGAACCUGCUUAUCAUGGACAAUUGACUGAUCUUGCACCUUGGGCUGAUUACGCGAAAUAUCCAUGGUCUAAAGAGCUACACUUCGCAAAUACACAUGAUAACCCUCCCGAUACGUGCCACGUGGAUUAUGAUCAUGAUUGUCUUGGCGAUCGUUGUGUAAUGGGCGCAAUUGUUAAUUACACGAGACGACUGGAUUGUGGUAGUGAUCUCGACGCAUUCCAGAGAGAUGAAGCCCUCAAAUUCUUGACCCAUUUCAUGGGUGACAUUACACAACCCCUUCACGUUAGCGGUAAAAUGGGCGGAGUCAGGACCAAAGCGAGAUUUAAGAAGAAUAAAAGAACAACCCUUCAUAUUGUGUGGGACCUCCUUAUACUCAAAAAACGUACAAGGGAAGAUUUCCAUGACGAUUUCAAACUUUAUGCAGAAUUCCUAUUGGAUAAAAUCAGGAACGAAUAUGCACAUGAAGUUGGAAGCUGGUACGCAUGUAACGUAAAUGAUUUACCGGGUUUGCUAAAAUGUGUACUCCCUUGGUCCGUUGAAAGUAACGCAAUGAACUGUGAAUUUGUUUGGCAUUACUCUGAAGAUGAAGCGUUGGAAGAUAGAUAUUAUCAAGAAUCCAAACCAAUUGUUGAUAAAUCGCUUGCAGAAGCCGGAUAUAGGUUGGCAAGAUUGUUAAAUGAACUCUUAAGUAAAAGUGGUUGUUAA